GCAUUUGCAAUUGCUUUUAAGAUUUUCAAGUGAUAUCAUGUAUAAAAUGUGUCAUGUGUCAUGUAUCAUGUGCUAUCAUUUUGAAGAAAAAGAGAAAAAGAAAAGAAAUUGCUAUUCGGAAGUCAUGUUUUAUGGAUAUAUUGUUGCCUAUUUUAUAUUUUACAAGUGUGACUUUUGUCGAACGACAAAAUCACUAUCGGCAACAAGUUGAAUUCCCUGUGUCACCAAUGACGUAAUAAUCAUUUUUGAAUGAUGAUUACGAAAGAAAACAAAGAAAUAAAAUUCCCUAUACAAUUCGAGCCAUAAAACAUUUAUCAAGAUAUUAAGUGUUCUUCAUUUGUUGAUAAUAAUUAACACUAUUGAUAAAUACACCGAAAUCCAAUUGAAAUGGUGAAGAUUUACCGACUCAUUAAAGCAAUCGCACUGAAUCAUUUCGGUAAUUGAAGGAAAUGGUAUACGCCAACCUUUUGCUAUGUCAUUAUUGCAAAUAGUACAGCGAAGAAAAAGAACCACCAUCGAUAACCAUUGUGUUAAAAAAUAGCUCAUGUUAUUUGCAUUUUAAAUUACUUACGGUAUCGCUUUUGCUAUUUAGUAGAAUAUUUUUUACCUGGGGAUUUGUGCAACUUUGACGAACAUCCGUGCUGAAUUUGGACGCGAUCUAUAUGAAUGAUACGCCGUAGGCAAGCAUCGGCUAUGUUAGUUUACAUACAUGAAUCGAAUGAACCCCCUCAUGAAUUAUUGCAGUGGAGAGACAUCAUAUUCAAAUUGAAUGUUUGUUGGAGAAAUCCAGCGAAAGAAUGUUUUAUCCAAAACCUAAACCGUUAGCGGUUUACAUUAAAAGUCCAAGUAGUUUUUUUUUGUUGACAGAAUGUAAAUAAAUUGUACAGAGUAAAUCAUAAAAAUUAUUCUAAAAAUCAGGUUCGAAGUGGCUCUGGUUCACUUUCAAGUGAAAAGCGAGUAAUAAAAGUAAAUGUUUCAUCUUUGAGCUGAUUGACUCGAGAUGACAAAUAAGCCCCUCGAUAAUAUGCAUGAAGUAUACAUUCCUUACAUCCGAAUUCUGAAUUAACAUCAUGUUAACAAAACAUAGUAACUAUGAAAAUUCGUCAGUACCGUAUGUAGCUCCUGACCUAAAUCUAGUUCCGAGUAAACUAGACAAAAGUGAAAUCUUAUUUGAACAACAAUCAUUUUUCUUAUAUCAAUCAUUCUUCACCAAAUGAUGUUAAAAUUAAAAUUUCAAAGUUAGUUUCAAAUAAGAAUGGUGGUCCUGAUGGCAUUCUGAAUUUCUUUCUGAGACAGGUGUGCGAGCAAUUGUCAAUUCCACUUGCAUUAAUCUUCAACAAGUCACUAUUGUGUUCUGAAUUUCCUCUAGCAUUCAAAACGUCAUUGGCAACUCCCAAGUCUGUAUGGCCAAUUCCAUUGCGAUGUUCUUUGAGAAGAUCAUGAACAAAUACUUAUUAUCAUUGAUAGAAGACCAAUUAACACCAAAUCAACAUGGUUUUAUCAAGAAUAAAUCAACAAACUCCAACCUCAUUGAAAAUGUAAUUCAUGUAUCGACAGCAUUUGAUGAUAGUUUUGAGGUACAUACAAUAUACACAGACUUCACAAAAGCAUUUGAUUCAGUUGAUCAUAAUAUUCUCCUCUCUAAGCUUCAGCUACUGGGCCUUGAAGCUGGAUUGCUAUUAUGGCUGGAAUCUUAUCUUACAAAACGUCUCGUCUAUGUGACAUUUAAUGGACACAGAUCAUCACCAUUUGAGCCAAGCUCAGGCGUUCCGCAGGGCUCAGUAUUGGGGCCUCUUCUUUUUAAUAUUUUCAUCAAUGAUCUCAGCGUACUACUCGAAAACAUCCAUCUGCUUUUUGCGGACGAUCUGAAAAUAUUCAGGAUCGUUCGCUCUCCUAAUGAUGUAAUCGAAUUGCAAAAAGACAUUGAUAGACUUCACAGAUGGACCGUUGAAAAUAAAUUAAAACUCAAUAUUGGAAAAUGUUACGCCAUGACAUUUUCAAAUAAAAUAAACCCAACACCUGCCAUUUACAACAUCAAUGGCAAUCCACUGAUAGAGGUUGAUAAAAUGAAAGUCUUGGGCGUUAUCUUUGACAGAAAAUUGAAAUUCGAUGAGCACAUUAACUCAAUUGUCAAAACAUCGUAUAGCAUGCUGGGCUUUGUAAUGAGAACUGCAUCAAAGUUCAGUGACCUGUCCUGCGUAAACUUCCUAUAUAAUUCUCUUGUCAGAUCCAGACUUGAAUACAACACUGCAGUCUGGAACCCAUACCAAAGCACAUACAUUUCCAAACUUGAAAAAGUGCAGAGAAAGUAUACUCGUCUUCUCUUCUUUAAACUCCAAUAUGAAUCACUACCGUACACACAAAGACUUGAAAUAUUAAACAUGAGUGAAUUGGAGGGAAGACGUGAAUACUUCGAUGCUUGCCUCCUACACAACAUUGUUCAUGAUGCAAAUAUGGUUCGUGACAACAGGCCAAUUAUGAGAGUGAACCGUCAAUCUAGGAGGGUGCAUCAAAUUUUCAAUCCUCAUACAUCUAGAACAGACUACGGUUCACACCGCAAUCCAACAAUGCGAACUCAACUACUCUAUAAUAGAAAAUAUACCGACAUUGACAUUUUGUGCCUAAACAAAGUGCGAUUUAAAGAUGCAAUUAAAAAUAGAAUUUGAUUUCGAUUAUUUUUCAUUCUUUUAUGAAAUGUUUUUUUUUAAUUUAAUUUUUCUUUCUCAUUCAUUUUCGAGAAUUCAACAAUUUUCUUUUUGUUUUUAAUGAAAUGUUUGAAUUCUUUGACCAAAGUAACUAUCAAAAUUGUAAAAACCAUGUUUCGGAAGAAGAGCUGUCAAUUUCUCCCAUUCACAAAACUAGCGCCACUGAGGUAUAUAGCAAAUCAAUGUAAAGUGGAGUUUAUUUUGUAACUAAAAUACGCGGCAAUUUUGAAAUUUAGUACUAUUUCCGCACCUUGGUAAAAACAAACGAUAGGUGAUAAAUUGUAAAAGGGAUUUUUCCUGUUAUUUACACCUCAUACUCAAUAAAAAAUAAAAUAAAAAUAACUUAUUAUGAUUUGUUAGUAAUUUUACAUUUAGUUCACGCAUAGUUUAUUGUUAAAAUUUCUCAUCAAAAAUUAUUGAAUGAAAGUGGAUCUUCCUUGGGGCACUAAUCGGGUCUUGCCGAUUAGAAGGAUAACCUUUAGUCUGUCUUUCCUCUUCACAACUUAACUUCGUCCUUUAAAGCGUACAACGCCCCUUGUGUAUUUUGUAUAAAAACUGGACUAUAAUAAGAGAUAACGUGUUGGUGUCUUCGGUAAAGAGCUAGUGGGAAAAAAACACUUCCUCAAGCGUAUUUAUCCAAAGUUAAUACAUACACGAGAGCAAAAGGCUGUGAUACCUGGAAGCAAUUAUCAAAAAUUUCGAAGGUUUGGAUUGAGCGUAAGCAUAACUUCAGCACUAACAAUUCAAUAAUAAUAUUAAAAUUCAAUAAAUCUUCAGAUUCCGCAUCUCUACGAAACUAUAUUUUUACUUCACGGAUAUUUUAUUUCUAUUACUUAGUUCCAACGUGUCCAUGAAUUGUUAGCAAUGCUUUUGACUUAUUUUUUUCUUUUCCAACUAUUUCUGGAAUUGCGUAGGUGACCUACGGUAGGUCUUAGUUUUUUCUCUCCCGUGAAACACAUCCAUAUGAUACUAUCAUUUUAUAUUACAUCUAGACAUUUCGAUAUGAACUCUAUUCAAAUUUCAUAUCGUUCAAGCUCAAUGAAAUCUACUUACCAUCGUAAUCUCUCACUGUUUUUAUUUCAAAUUUUUGAAUUUUCGUUUUGUCUUUCAUUCGCCUCAACCAAAUAAAUCAAAAUAUUUUGAUAUUAUCGUUAGUUUUCUUUAUCUCCAUUGUCAAGGGUAAUGAUUGUGUCAAUUUUUAUCAGUCUGAAAAACUCAUGAAGAUAUUCAACGGGAUAUUAUGGUGCGAUAAGCCAAAUUGCUUCGCGACAUCAAAGAUAACAAAUUUUAAGCGAGAAAAAACGCAUCAAAUAUAUUUUUUGGCAACAAUCAUUUCAAAAGUGAUAGAACAGAGAACACCUGAACUGUGGACUUUUUUUUUGUUCAAAUAUGAAAAUCUUUGUUAUUUUUCUAUUAGCUCCGGCUGUGUCAGGAAUCUUCUUCCUCGGUAGCAAAUGCAAAUCUCCGUUUCCAUCGACAUUCGAUUAUCAAUAUUUCGGUAGAAUUUGGUCGGGUCUUUUCAAGUGUCCGUAUGAUCCAGAAGAGGAUCCGAGUUUAGUGUCAAAAAUUGGCAUGUUUGUUCGGUAUUUUUACAUGACAAGCGGUCAGACGACAUAUCAAGAGACUUCUGUGUUCGAUAUGAGCCAAUUGAUAAAUCCAAACUAUCCGAAUUUUAUCAUCAUGCAUGGAUUCACGGAUGGCGUUAAACCAGGAGAAUGGAUGGAAACGGUUGCCAGGAAGAUUUCAACCGAUCGAAAUGUCAAUGUGAUCUUAGUCGAUUAUAAUGCUCUGUCGAAUUGCAACUAUAUCUAUUUGGCGAAAAAAGUUACGUAUGACCUAGGCAAAUAUCUUGCAAAUAGUAUCGAUCGAUGGGGAUUGCAAUUGAAUCACACCAGAAUUUUGGCACAUAGUCUAGGAGCUCAUAUCGCUGGUGCUGCUGGUGCUUAUUUAACAAAGUUGACGGGUGAACAGCUGGCCCGAAUUGACGGUUUGGAUCCAGCAGCUCCAUUAUAUGGAACCGAUAGAGGGUUGAAUGCGAGUUGUGCAAAGUUUGUGCAAGUGCUUCACACAUCGAAAUAUUUUGGCACUCAAACCCGGCUCGGGCACAGCGAUUUCUAUGCUAAUAAAGGCAAACCCAAACAACCUGGAUGUUUGCUUGACACGUGCAAUCAUUCUCGAGCUACUGAACUGUUUUAUGCGUCUUGUUUUCACGAAUACAUUUUCAUGGGAACGAGUUGCAAUGGCUCAGAUGUUGGUCAAAGUCGAUUUGGUUUGUACAAUGACGAAAAAGAAGGAUGCUUUCAAUUUAAUACAACCGCCUGCUUUGGAUAUGCCGAUAUGAAUUAUAAUUUUUUGACGUAUUUAUAG